AUGCCGCAUGAUUAUGUACCACUUUCUGUCGACUCCAAUGAAGAUAUAAGCUCCAAGGUGCUCCCAAAUGGGGGUGUCAUCACGAUACAUGGCAGGACGGGAGAAUACACAUAUUGCUACGGGCCUCCGGGUCUUCAGGGUCUCUUGAACACCAAAUAUGCCGUCGCUUGCUCGUUGUUUGCGUCGCUUGGCGGUCUGACAUUUGGCUACGAUCAAGGAGUUAUCAGUAAUAUCCUCGUCAUGCGAGAUUUUGUUCAGCGGUUUCCCCUCUCUCCCUUUCAAGUAGGCUUGCUCACGGCAUUUUUGGAGCUUGGGGCUCUAGUUGGUGCAUUGCAAGCGGGCGUAUUUGCGGACAAGUACUCACGACGACAUUCGAUUGUUUUGGCGAGCGUCAUAUUCUGUGUGGGCUCCCUUUUACAGACUGUAGCUUCAAGCGUCGGCGUCCUAAUGCUCGGACGAGCUAUUGGUGGGGUUGGAAUCGGCGCACUAAGCAUGCUCUGCCCUCUAUACAUAUCGGAAAUGUCAUCCCCAGAAACUCGGGGUUCGCUCACCUCCUUGGAGCAGUUUUCAAUUGUUCUUGGUGUCGUUAUCGGCUUCUGGGCAGGUUUCAUCACGCGCAAUAUUCCAGGAGCAGCAUCGUGGCGUAUACCACUGGGUGUGCAAAUCAUCCCUGGCGUUGUUUUGGCUGUUGGGACCUUUUGGCUUCCACCUAGUCCCAGACUACUACUCCUGAGGGGGUACGAUUCAAGGGCAGAAAAUACAUUGGUCAAGCUAAGGGGAAGGGAGGCUGGUGAUCCGCUACUCCAGGCGAAAAUGAAGGUAGAGGUCGCUUUGGCAAACGAAUCUGCCGAUGGGCAUGACAAUGACUGGUCUGCUCUCUUUGGGCCAGCAUUGCUCAAGCGAACGAUGAUUGGCGUCGGCGUAAUGUUCUUUCAACAAUGGAGCGGGAUCAACGCCCUGCUAUACUAUGGUCCCUCUCUAAUGCACAGUAUCGGCCUAGAGGGGGAUACAGUAUCGCUUGUGAUGUCAGGAUUCAUCAAUGUGAUGCAGCUCAUUGCUGUCAUACCAGCAUUCUUCCUCCUAGACAGUAUCGGGAGAAGACCAUUAUUGAAAGGAGGAGCGAUUGUCAUGGCCAUUUCGCAUCUUAGCGUCGCCAUCUUGAUUAUGUGGGGAAGCAGUGACUGGAACGUACAUCGUCCACUUGCUUGGGUGGCGGUUGGCAUGAUAUAUAUCUUUACCGCUGCAUAUGGUGUCAGCUUUGGGCCCGUCGCCUGGGUCUUGCCGACAGAGGUUUUUCCCCUUUCGUUUCGUAGCAAAGGUGCCGCCAUUUCGACGGCCUCAAACUGGUUUAACAACUUUUUAAUUGGACUCAUUACACCUCCCCUGGUGCAUGCAACCCCCGCGGGGACGUUUUUCCUUCUCGCAUUCGCCUGUAUCCUCGGGCUUGUAUGGACAAUUCUGUUCGUGCCAGAGACAAAGGGUGUGUCUUUGGAGGAGAUGGACCUCUUAUUCUCCUCCUCUGUCGGACAAAACGAAAUGGAACGACGGAGACAGGUGGGACGUCUCACAAUCCGUCCAACCCCUGGUUGA